AUGUAUCCUAUUAUUUGUGAAUUACAAAAUAAAUUUAUAGAUUUUAGUUUAGAACUAAGUAAUAAUAAUAAAGAUAGCAACGAUGAGGAUGAUAUGUUAUUAGAUUCUGAAAAUAAAGACAACACUCAUUUACAUGCUUCAUUACCACCACCCAAUCUUGAUCAAAUAGAAAAGCAAUUUAAAAUUGCUAUUUCUGACUCUUUGAAUAAAUAUUGGCAUGAUUUUUGUGAAGUUGGAUUGGUAGCUACCUUUUUAGAUCCUCGAACCAAAAAAAUGUCUGCAUUUACAAAUAAAGAACGAGAAAAGGCUGAAACAAAAUUGAGGAAUGAGUUUGAAACUUUGUAUCUUAAUAUUACUAGCAGUGAUCAAUCAGAGCAACAAAUAUCAAUGCCAAUAGUUACUGAAAUUAUACAAAAUCCAUUUUUCGAAGGUAUUUUUGGAGUACAGAAUCAAGAAGACACACCUUUAGAUGAG